UCCUCCUUCCUCGUAUUUUCCGUCCCAUAAUGCCCCCACUCCAUUUUAUUCCCGACAUACACAGCGGUUUGAGCUGAGCAAGAUGGCGGACAAAGCAGUGGCCCUGGCUGAAAAGAGGCUUAUGGACGUCAAGCUUGGAGAGUUUUUCUCCUGGCUUGGCACCAGGGACUUCACUCCCAAUGGACUACUUGGUUCAGUUCGCAAAGGUCAGGAAAGAUACUACAAUAAAUACAUCAAUGUGAAGAAGGGUGGCAUUGGUGGUGUUGCUAUGCUACUGACUGGAUAUGUUGUGCUGAGCUACGUUUGGGAAUAUGAUCACCUCAAGCAUGACCGUUGGAGGAAGUACCACUGAACCGCCCACAUCAGGGACCACAAGGCUCUGAAGUGGCCAUGUCUGCAGCAGUGUCUUCAUGCAACCCCUUUCAGCUUUUCGUUGUCUGUACAAAAUGAUAAUUGUGACCAACAAUAAAACUAAAAUUAUUUGAAUACAA